AUGUCCCAACUGACGCAGGCCAAAGAUAAUAAGUGCGCGUUGCUUUACUACCCCUUCCAUGGGGUCGUCACUGGCUUGCGCGCAAUGUUUGCCAUGUCUGAUGCAGAUUACACGUUCACUCACCCCGAGGACUGGGGCGUCCAGAAGCCAACCACGCCAUUCGGUGCGAUGCCGGUCCUUUAUGAGACCACUGCGACCGGCGAGACGCUCGAGCUGGCGGAACUGAGCGUCCUGGAGUACUAUGUUGGUCAAAAGUAUGGCUGGGUCGGAGAUAAUCUCUGGGAGAACAAUCUCGUCAAGAUGUACCAUUCGUCGUCGCAGGCGGUGUUCGACAAGCUGGUGACUACAGUUGUCCGCGCCCCCAAGGAGCACUAUGAGCAAAUGCUCGAGAUCUAUGUGACAAAGAUUGUUCCUGAAUGGGUCGAGUACCAUGAGCGCGCGCUGAAGCAGAAUGGAUCGAACGGACAUUAUGUCGGCGACAAGCUGACCAUAGCGGACAUCAAGACCGCGACUAUUAUCGACAACCUGAUCUCGGUCUCUGGUAAUGGUCUUAUCUCAUAUGAAAAGACGCCAACAAUCAUGGCCGUGUACGACAGCCUGGAGAAACUGCCCAAGUACGCUGCUUGGAGAGCUAGCGAGCAGUGGAAGGCAUAUGAUGAGCUUAACAAGAAGCUAUUCAAGUUUUAA